AUGGUAAAGGAAAAUUGUUUCACGCAGGUAGAACGCAACCUGAGAGGUUUCCAGGAUAAGUUGACUAGAAGGGAACAAUUAGUCAAACAUAUCAUUUCUCAUUCAUUUCCUAGCCCUAAUCACUUCAAGAUAAAUAUUGAUGGGGUUUCCUUGCAUAACCCAGGCCAAGCAGGGGGUGGUGUUAUUAAGAAGUUUGACAGUGCUGUUAUUGCAGUAUUUGCCAAACCUUUUGGAAUCGCCUGCAAUAAUUAUGUGGAAUUUUACACUCUUGAAGAAAGAUUAAUCCUAGCUUAUCAACUACAGUACCACCCUAUUCAGAUUGAAAGUGACUUAGCAUUGCUCAUUAAUGUUAUUCAUGAACGCUUCCGACCUCCAUGGAAGUUACUUAUAGUGGCAGUAAAUUGUCGACAACGUCUCUCUAAGUGUGGGUGGUCCAUUUUCCACAUUUUUCGUGAAGCCAAUAUGGCAGCUGAUAUUCUUGCAAAGAGGGCUACAUCUUAUCAAGGAGCUACUGUUUGA